UCAGAGGCGAGGGCCAGACUGCAACCAAUGAGAGAUGAAAGGUGGUUACAAGGAGUGGAGUAGGAGACAGGAACCCUGACAAGAAAGGCCUACCACAUCUCCAUCUCCCUCUCCCUCACACAUCUCUCUCUCUCUCUUCAUCGAGCCUGUGAAGAAAGGAGGACAGGCUCGUAGGACGUGUUCAAAAGGACAAGAUCUUCUUUGCAGUACACAGUGGAUGAAACUCCAAGGCGGAUUCAAUCUGCCAGUGUGUGAGAACCGAGAAACAAGAGGCUCACGAUCGAGUGUGGCUGAUCCUCCAGCUCUGCCUCCAUCUCCUUGCAUGCUCGCCCUCUACUAGGAUGUAGAGCUGGUGGUGAUCAUGGUGCAAGGUGAGGAGAGUUCUUGGAGGAUGGCAGCAAGCGCCCAUGAGAGAGCAAUACCUCUCAACCAAGCAUUUGCUUAUGGAGUCCAAGCCCAUGCUUCUGCUUCUGUUGCUGCUACACCACCUGCCAGCUUCUUGGACUUCCAGCCUGCAGCCACGGCGGCUACCUACUUCGGCGAGCUGGAGGAGGCCCUCAUCCAUGGCGCCAACGCCGGUGUCGUCGAUCCCGGCAUGAUCAGAGCUGACGUGCACACCAAGUCGGCAGCGACGGCAGGAUAUCUCGCGGCCAGGCCUCCCACGCUGGAGAUCUUCCCUUCAUGGCCAAUGAGGCAACCACAGCAGCUACACAGUGGGAAUUCGCAGUCAGUUGGGAGCACCACUGACUCGAGCUCAGCGCAGAACACAAUGCCGCAGAUGGAGUUGGUGUCCCCAGCGAGCAUCAGGGCCACCUCCGAGCAGACGCAGCCGGGGCAGGAGGUCAUGAUGGUGACCACUGAUGAUUACAGCUACAAGCCAGGCCUCGCUGCUGCCUCCCCAAGCUUUCAGCAGCACCAGCAUCAGCUGCAGCAGCAGCAGCUGCACGGAGGAGGAGACCAUGACAAGAGGAAGCAUGGAUCCACAAGAAAAGAUGGCAAGUUGGUGGAUGCCAAGACAGAACGGCGAUUAGCGCAGAAUAGAGAGGCUGCGAGGAAGAGCAGGCUGAGGAAAAAGGCUUAUGUGCAAAACCUAGAGACUAGCAGGGUCAGGCUUCAGCAGAUCGAGCAAGAGCUCCAGAGAGCACGUUCACAGGGUGUGUUUCUUGGGGGGUGCAGCGCAGCAGGCGACAUGAGUUCUGUAAAAUCGUUUGCAGGGGCGGCCAUGUUCGACAUGGAGUACGCGCGGUGGCUGGACGACGACAGCAAGCGGCUGACCGACCUCCGUGGCGGGCUGCAGGCACACCUGCUGGACAGCAACCUCGGCCUCGUCGUGGAGGAAUGCAUGCAGCACUACGACGAGCUGUUCCAGCUCAAGGCGGCGCUCGCCCGCUCCGACGUCUUCCACCUCCUCACCGGCACGUGGGCGACCCCCGCCGAGCGCUGCUUCCUCUGGAUGGGCGGCUUCCGCCCCUCCGAGCUGCUCAAGAUACUGAUACAUCAGCUGGACCCGCUGACGGAGCAGCAGAUGCUGGGGAUCUACAACCUGCAGCAGUCGUCGGAGCAGGCGGAGGAGGCGCUCGCGCAGGGCCUGCAGCAGCUGCACCAGUCGCUCGCCGACACGGUCGCCGCCGGCACGCUCAACGACGGCCCCGGCGUCCCAAACUACAUGAGCCUCAUGGCCAUCGCCCUGGACAAGCUCGCCAGCCUCGAAAGCUUCUACCAGCAGGCUGAUAAUCUGAGGCAACAAACAUUGCAUCAGCUGCGCCGGAUUCUAACAACUCGUCAGGCUGCUCGGUGUUUUCUUUCCAUCGGGGAGUACUACCGCCGCCUCCGUGCUCUCAGCAACCUCUGGUCUUCACGUCCUCGCGAGAACUUCAUUGGCGCCGAGAGCGUCAGUCCCACAGGAACCGAGCUGCAACCGAUGCAUCAUCAGCCUCAGCAGAAUCAGUACUCCGGAUUUUGAGAGCUUCUCCUGGAGGAUGUAAACUCCGGCAAAAGUGAUGUUAGAAAGAGAGGAUGAGAGGGAGAGGGAUUGUAAUGUUCUAUUAUUAAAGAUUGAGAAAGCAACAUCACUAGGAAAAGCAAGAGGCAAAAAUUUGUUGAGGUGCAACGCAAUGCUGGUCAGUAGCUCACUUGUUGCAAUGGCUCUUGAACAGGCUGAAGAGUUAGCACAGAAAAAAAAAACUGCGGACCAGAGCAAAGCAGAGGCAGGAGAUGCGUGGCUGCUCAAGACCUGAGCAGACAAAAUUCACUCAAAGAAAUACGAUGCAUAAAGCAACCACAAAUAAAAAAAUUUAGACCUACAGAUAACAACAGAACACGGCGCAGGUAAGACUGCAAAAAAAAAAAAAAAACGUGCAACAAAAAAUCAGGCUUCCCAACCUGGCAUUGAUGGAAGAGAGAUGAGAACUGUCUGAAACCACGGGUGGCAAUCUAAUACACCCAUUGACAUUUUUUUUACUAAGGGGUACAUCAUGAAUACAUGUGAAAACAGAACACAGAAAAAACAAUGGAAGGAAUGCCAUGUUACCUAUUAGUGAACACAAGAAACAAUUAGAUGCAAGAACAAGAACAAAUAAAUGGAAGGAAACCGUAUCAGUAAAUUCUCAGCUGACAAGAUCAAAGAACUCGGGAGCUGAAAAGCAGCCCUUUUUCAUGUGACAUCUACCAAGACCUUUUGAGUUAUUUUCCUGCCAGGUAUGCAACUUUCCAUCGGAUGUAGACCGCUCCAAUAGUGCAGCUCUUGAUUUUGAUACUUCAACUGGCAAACUGCUGAUUGACACAAGUGCAGAAAAAUGACAAAAAUUAUGAAAGUCAAAGGACCAUACUGCACACAUAAGAGAGCAUGGAAUGAGUACACUUCAGCUUAGCCACAAUCAAUAUAUGCAAAACAUGAUAUGCAAACACGAUACAGUGGUGCAGCAAAGUGAUGAAUAGUUGUGCAUUUAAAGUUUCAGACCAAAGGAAAAGAACCUAGCAGAGAGAUGGGAGUAGAUGCAAGCUACUGACUACUGAGAAUGAGAAACAUAUCACACUUCGCUAUAAAUGAGAAUCCAGCAGGCUAGCAGCGACCCCUUUUUUUCACAAAGUGAGAUCCGACAAUACCACGUCUCUGGCAAGCAUUCAUGUCAGGGAAGAUCAUUAAACAGAGUGCCUAAAAGAGCUGGCGUUGUAAGCCACAGUAGUAGAAUUUUCA